AUGAACAACGCCGAAGAGGCUGAGGAAGCGGAGGCUGAGCACUGUGCAGCUGCGAGCGCCGACGAGACGAAAGCGGAUCGAGAGUCGGAAGUGCACAGCUCGAACGACAACAGCAGUGGGAGCAGCUACGAGGGCGACGACGAGCCGCAGACAGAGCCCUACCGCAAGCAGCUGGAAGAAGGAGAGCCGGGAACUGUGACUGGCCGUCCCUUGCGGCUGUACGCCGACGGGAUCUUUGACCUCUUCCACUUUGGCCAUGCAAAGGCCCUGCAGCAGUGCAAAGAGGCGUAUCCGAACACGUACUUGAUUGUUGGCUGUUGCAGCGACGAGAUCACGCACAAGCUCAAGGGUCGCACGGUCAUGUCGGACAAGGAGCGCUACGAGUCCUUGCGUCACUGCAAGUGGGUCGACGAAGUGGUUGAAGACGCGCCGUGGGUGCUCUCGGAUGAGUUUAUCGAGAAACACCAGAUUGAUUACGUGUGUCACGAUGCGCUGCCGUACUCGGAUACGUCGGGCGAAGCAUCAGAAGGCGAUGUGUAUGCACGUAUCAAGGCCAUGGGCAAGUUUUUGGAAACCCGACGGACGAAUGGAAUAUCGACGUCGGACUUGAUCAUUCGCAUCAUUGCCGAGUACGACACAUUCAUUCGUCGUAACUUGCAGCGCGGGUACUCUGGCAAGGACAUGAACGUGCCGUUCAUCAAGGAGAAGAGUAUCAAAUUUGAUAUGGCAGUUGACAAGGUUCGCAACGACGUGGACGGAUUCGUGCACAAGUGGAUCAGCAAAGCCGAUGACAUGCAGCACGGCUUUCUCGAGCUUUUCAGCAAGGAAGGUCGCCUGCGCACAUCAUUCCGCAAGCGUCGAAAAAUCAUCAAGGAGCGCUUGUCGGAACGCAUGUCGGAGAUGGCGCGUGAAGGGCUAUGCUAA